GGAGGUGGCGGCGGCGGUGGAGGAGGUGGAAGAGUCUCCUGCCCCGGCUCCUCCGACCGACACCGUCACACACCGACACCCGAGGGGUUGCCGCAGCUCUGUGCGCUGAAGAUGGCCAUCACCAUGGACCGCACGGGAAAAAUGGGAUUUCUUCUAUUGAGAAUGCUCGUGAGAUUUACUUUUAUGGUCUUCAAUAACAUGGUUGCAAUCCCGUCCUAUGUAUUAUAUUUAAUAGUUCUGCAACCUGUAAGGUUUCUAGACAGAAAACUGUUCUGGCACAUUGAAGGAGUUAUGUUUAAAUGGCUCCUGGCUAUGGUGGCUUCUUGGGGAUGGACAGCUGGAUAUACAGUUGUUGAAUGGGGCGACAACAUACAAACGAUUACAGAAGACGAAGCGGUGAUGCUGGUGAACCACCAAGCGACAGGCGACGUCUGCACACUUAUGAUGUGCCUUCAAGACAAAGGCAUGGUUGUUCGACAAAUGAUGUGGUUAAUGGACCAUAUAUUUAAGUACACAAAUUUUGGUGUGGUAUCCUUGGUACAUGGGGAUUUUUUCAUCCGACAGGGUAAAGCCUAUCGAGACCAACAACUUGUGUUCUUAAAAGAACAUUUGGAAAAGUACUACAGAAGUCGGGAUCGUAAGUGGAUCAUUUUGUUUCCAGAAGGUGGCUUUCUCAGGAAAAGAAGGGAAACAAGCCAGACCUAUGCCAAGAAAAAUAACUUGCCAUUUCUUACGCAUGUUACCCUACCUAGACUGGGGGCUACGCAAAUUAUCUUGAAUACUUUGCUAGCACAGCAAGAAAAUGGAACAGUUUCAAGUGGUGAUAUGGUAUUAAGAGAUCGAAAGCCCAAAGGUUUGCAGUGGGUCAUAGAUACUACGAUUGGCUAUCCAAACGCGGAUCCAAUGGACAUCCAGACAUGGAUUCUAGGCUACAAACAACCUACAGUCACACAUGUAUAUUACAGAAUCUAUCCUAUCAAAGAUGUUCCGAUGGAGACAGAGGCUCUGACAGAUUGGUUAUACCAGCGGUUUGUUGAAAAAGAAACGCUUUUGUCACAUUUUUAUGAAACAGGAACUUUUCCACCCCUGCCAGGCCAAAAAAAAGCUGUCUCAAAGGAGAUGACCCUUAACAACUCAUGGCUCUUUCUAAUACAGUUGCUGGCGUUCUUGUCCGGCUACAUGUGGUACUGCAUUCUUCACUAUUUUUAUCAAUGCCUGUUUUAAAAACUGGACGAGAUACGAGGACUCGUAUGUAGGGAGUUGUAUGCUCUCACAAGAGGGCAUCAUGUUAUCUGUGUGAAUGUGAAUAUGCCACAGUCGAGACAAAUAGUGGACUCAAUCAACUUUUCUUUUUGCUUUUUUUUUUUUUUUUUUUUGGACCUGUGUUGGGUCUGUUUUAAAUUCAAGAAAAAUAUGGAUCAGUGUCCGUAACCUGCUAGUGUAUUUUUAGGAACAGAAAAUGGCGUAGGGGUUCGCCUACCUGAUGAUGUGUUUUCAGGGUUAAAGUCAUCAGUCAAGAGUGAAUGCGUCUUUCUGUUAACAUUAACAAUGCCGAAAAGACACAGCCUAUCAUCAUGUUCAGUAAGUAGUACUUGCAUAUGGCAACAGUGGUCUUCUAUCAAUCAAUCCUCACCGAGAUUGUGAGUUCUACAUUUAACCUGACAGUGGCUGGGAGUUCAGUCAACCCUACAGUGGAUGUGAGUACUAUGAUCAGUCAUUCCAAUGAAGGAUGUGAGUUUCCCCACUUUACCUCUCAAAUAACCAGGCUGUUGAAGGCAUUGCCAUAUUUUUCCAUUCGUUGGUACCAUCAAAACUACAAAGUAUAAUGAAGAGUCCAUUGAGAUUCCUUAGAAUAGGCACAGAGAUUUUGCUGGAUGCCUCCAGAUGUCCUUGUAAGGCAGUACAAGGUCUUAUGUGAUAGACCAGUAAGGAAAGAAAGGCCAUCCUUAAUUUAUGUUUACCACAAAGCACCUAGUUUACUAAAACAAGUUUCAUCCCUCCUGAGGAUAAAUGUCUACUCGCCUGUGAAGACUUUUUUGUUUGUUUUUGUUUUGUUAACAUGCAGCAUUUUGUAUAUGAAUUUUAAUA